AUGAAGGUUUCCGCUGUUGCCGUCCCGGUCCUUGCUGGCCUUGCCAGCGCCAGCCCCGUCGAUGUCGAGGCGCGCCAGUCCUGCCCCGGCGUCCACAUCUUCGGAGCUCGUGAGACGACCGCCCCCGCGGGCUACGGCACCUCGCAGGGUCUCGUCAACAUGGUGAAGCAGGCCUACUCGGGCGCCACCAGCGAGGCCAUCAACUACCCGGCCUGCGGUGGCCAAGCCCAGUGCGGUGGCGUGAGCUAUGACCAGUCGGCGAGCCAAGGCACAUCAGCUGUCGUCUCGGCUGUCACGAGCUUCAACCAGCGCUGCCCGGACACUAAGAUCGUUCUCAUCGGCUACUCGCAGGGUGGCCAGAUUAUGGACAACGCCCUCUGCGGCGGUGCCGGUGCCACGCUUAGUGGAAACGCCCUCAACGCCGUCAAGGCCGCCAUCUUUAUGGGUGACCCACACAACGUGGUCGGGCUCCCGUACAACGUCGGCACAUGCCAGGCCCAGGGCUUCGCCGCCCGUCCCCGUGGCUUCCAGUGCUCGCCGGCCAAGCCGGCCAUCAUCCAGUCGUACUGCGACUCGACCGACCCCUACUGCUGCAACGGCAACGAUGCCAACUCGCACCAGCAGUACGUCAACAAGUACGGCCAGCAGGCCCUCACUUUCAUCAAGGGCCUCCUUGGUUAA